CUUUUCCCUCUUCUAACCAUCUGGAUCCAAGCACCCAUGAGGCGAUUGAAGCAGAGAACGGGGAGGGGAGGGGACGGAGCAGCAGCCGCCGCCGCCGAGGAAGAGGUAGCAGCAGGCCCCAUCCAGCCGCCUUCUCCGGUCAGGAAUGGCUUCGGCGGUGGAGAGGCGGAGGGAGGAGCACUCCCGGAGGUCGCGCUCCCCGGCCAGGGACAGGGAGCGGGGCACGCCGCCGCGCAGGCGGAGCCCACCCGCGCGGAGGAAGGGCUCGCCUGCUAGGGCACGGUCUCCUCCUGCUAAAUCCAGCCUGUCUCACAGGGAGAGGGAGAGGUCACCUAUGAGGGAGAAGGUGAAGGAGCGUGUCAGGUCGCCGCGGUCUCCUGCUAAGGCCAGUCUGUCACACAGGGAGAGGUCGCCUCCGAGGGAGAAGGCGAAGGAACGGGUGAGGUCGCCGAAACAUGCGCGGGAGCAGUCACGGUCUCCGUCGCCACGCACCAAGCGGCCGAGGAGAGCUCAGGGGGAACGGGAGGUGGCGCAAGUGACCGAGGGUGACCGCCGGAAGUCCUCUCACAGGGAGGAGCGUGACUCAGGGAAACACAGGGAGGAGCGGGACACAGGGAGGCACAGGGAGCAUGAUGAGGGGAGGGAUGCGUGGAGAGAUAAGAAGGGAGAGCGGGAGGUCGAGAAGGUAACCGAGGGUGACUGCGGCAAGGGCUCUCACAGGGAAGAGUGGGACUCAGGGAGGCACAGGGAGCAUGAUGAGGGAAGGGACGCGUCCAGAGAUAGGAAGGCUGAGCGGGAGGAUGGCAGAGGUGCUGUCAAAGAUCGGAAAUCUGAUCGUGAUGAUCGAAAGGAUCAUUCGAGGGAUAGAAGAGCUGGCAGGGAUGAUAGGUCUGGUGCUUCAAAGGAGACUUUGUCGAGCUGGGAUGAUGAUAGGCAUGAUUCAAGAGGUGGAAGGUCUGAUCGGGAGGACCGGAAAGCUGAUUCUUCAAGGGAUCAAAGGGUGGACCAUAGUUACAGAAGGGAUUCUACAAGAGAGGAGAGCAAUGAGGGAUCAGGAAGAUCAUCCAGGCAUGGUCGAUCAGGGUCACCAGAGGAACAUAGGCAUAGGGGCAGACAUGAAUCCCAUCCAUCACCAAGGGCGUCCAGAAAUGCAGCACAUGUUGAGGAUAUGAACUUUAGACAGGGUGAAGCAUCCUGGAGUGGUGAUCCUGAUUCUCUGGCAAUAAUGAAUGCUGCUGCCGAAGCUCUUGAAGCAAAAGAAAAGCAAAAGCCAUCAUUUGAAUUGUCUGGAAAGCUUGCUGAGGAGACCAAUAGAGUUGCAGGUGUGAAUCUGUUAUAUUCAGAACCUUCAGAGGCACGCAAGACAGAUAUUAGAUGGCGACUCUAUGUCUUUAAGGGUGGUGAACCACUGAAUGAACCACUGUAUGUUCAUCGGAUGAGCUGUUACCUUUUCGGAAGAGAAAGGAAAGUUGCAGACAUUCCCACAGACCAUCCCUCCUGCAGCAAGCAACAUGCAGUUCUUCAAUAUAGACUUGUAGAGAAGGAGCAACCAGAUGGCAUGAUGGCAAAGAAAGUGAGUCCUUAUCUGAUGGAUCUUGACAGUACGAAUGGAACAUUCAUUAAUGAGAAUCGUAUUGAGCCUCGCCGUUAUUAUGAACUCUUUGAAAAAGAUACCAUCAAGUUUGGCAAUAGUAGCCGGGAGUAUGUUUUGCUCCAUGAAAAUUCAUCAGAAUGAGAAUUUUAACUGCCGAAAACAUUUGGUACAAGGAGACUCGCUACCUAGGUGAUUUGAGUUGGUUUUGGAACCUUGAACUGACAUGUCAACAUGUGUCGCAUGGAUACUCCUUUUUCUUGGACUGGAAAUUAGUUGGUCAGUUGGGUCUUACUUUUGUUUUAGAGAUCUCUUCACAUGAUGAUCGGGGUAUUUUGAUGAUUAGAGCUUGGCUUUGCAACCUGCUGCAGAUAACCUUGAUCUUGUAUCCAGGCAUUGACUUGACUGUUCUGUAUGGCUGGUAUUUGUAUCACUCGACAUCGGAGGUAGCUAGAUGUUUAUGGAUUUGUAACAACAGUGAUGUUACUUAUAUGCCUUAGAUUUGUCUGCCUUUCCCUAUUCGGCAUGCUGCUUUUGCAGCACUGCUCGUAAAUCGUAAUACCAAUUGCUUGCUGUA